AAUGAUAAAUUAAUGUAUUUUAUAAAAUGUCAUAAAACUGCCCCACGGCCUAAUCUAAUCUUUAGAUUGAAAUCUGGGUGGAGACAGACUACAAUUGCUUACAAAACUUUGACUCAGUCUUAGAGGAUCAGUAUUAGGGACAAAUCUGAGAAGCAGGCAGUCCUAGUCCAAAUCCCUGAACCAAACACAUUCACAACGUGAAACUUCAUUCAAGAAGCGGAACGGAAUUGCAACUUUCUGAACUAAUUGUGUGUGUGGAUCUGCAUUCCUACCAUACAGCAUUUGUUUACAAAACAUCUUUGCAAAGUCAGACAUGGAUAUAGAAAAAGUGUUUGAAUACUUAAGUGUUUGGAGUAAUAAUUUUACAUUGAUUCACGGUUUGGGUGCAUUUGUACUGCUCUGGGCUCUGGUGUGGUUUUGCCGAGACAACCUGGAAAUAGACAAUGUCAAGGACAAGCACGUCUUUGUAACCGGCUGUGACUCUGGUUUCGGAAACCUACUGUGUAAACGCCUAGACAAACGUGGUUUCCGCGUCCUAGCCGGGUGUUUUACGGAAAAAGGAGCAGAUGAUUUGAAAAGGGCGACUGGACCUUACCUGAAGACCUGCAUACUGGAUGUGACCAGCACGGCUAGCAUUGAGAAGGCUGUGGAAUGGACCAAAAAAGAAGUUGGUGAUAAAGGACUUUGGGGUCUUGUGAACAAUGCAGGAUAUUCCCUUCCCAUGGGUCCUUCUGAGUGGAUGAAAAUCGAAGACUUUCAAAGAACCCUCAAAGUCAAUAUGUUUGGUGUUAUAGAGAUGACCAUGAAUUUUCUGCCUCUGAUCAAAAAGGCUCGGGGUCGAGUAGUGAAUGUGGCAUCAGUGCUGGGCAGAGUCGCAGCUAAUGGGGGCGGAUACUGCAUCUCAAAGUUUGGGGUGGAGAGUUUCUCAGACUGUCUCAGGAGGGAUAUCCAGUAUUUUGGGAUUAAAGUGUGUAUAAUCGAACCUGGAUUCUUCAAGACUCAGGUGACCAGCUUAGAGUCCAUCGAGAAGGAACUGCAUCGCCUCUGGAACCAGCUGCCCACAGAGGUGAAGGAAAGUUAUGGAGAUAAAUACCUGGAUAAAUACAUCAAGAUCCAGAGACUGAUCAUGAAUGCUGUGUGUGAUUCGGACUUAAGCAAAGUGACCAGUUGCAUGGAGCACGCCCUGCUGGCUGCCCACCCGAGGACACGCUACAGUGCAGGCUGGGAUGCCAAACUCGUAUGGAUCCCUCUGUCAUAUAUGCCCGCUUGUGUUGUGGACAUUGCCUUAAAGCUGAUCCUGCCAAAGCCUGCAAAAAGUGUCUAGUGUGCUAGGGAAGUAAGUUUAGGACCAUGCAGAUUGUAUUCCUAUUUUUACUCUUGACUUUUUAAUCCUUUAUGAGACACUGGAUAUUUCGGGAGCACCUAAUUUUAGAGUUGUUGUUGUUUUGGGUUAGUGGGUGAUUGAUAAUAAUCACAAUGUUUUAGCUUUUGCAGUGAUUGUGUUUUUAAUUACAUAGUUUUAAAGACAUGAGAACUGUUAAAAAAUACCAUUUCAAUUAUUUUGUAUAUUUAUAUAAAGUGAAAUGUAGUUAUAUGACCACAUCAAAUAUUUUAUGAACUGUCAAAGUUACUCAACUUAAAUAUUUAAUGAGAUUUUACUAAGUAAAUAAACACAAUUCAAUAAAAAUAAGUAAUAUUGAGCAUU